AUGCUCGGCUUCGCGUCCUACUACGGCGACCACAUGGUGCUGCAGAAGGAGCCGGCGGGGGCCGUGGUGUGGGGCUACGGCGAGCCGGGGGCCAGCGUGACCGUGGCUCUCUCCGAGGACGGCGGCCUCGUCGUCAUGAAGAAGACGGCGCCAGUUAAAGGUCGGUCCUGGACCCUCGCCGGCGUCUCCCCGCGCCAGCAGCUCACCGGCCCGCAAACGCCCUCCGUGCUCUGGAACGCCAUGAUCCACCCGCUGCUCAACAUGACGCUGCGGGGCGUCGCUUGGUACCAGGGCGAGGCCAACGUCUUCCUGCACACGGACCUGUACAACUGCACCUUCCCCGCGCUCAUCGCCGACUGGCGCCGGGCUUUCCACGCCGGAUCGGCCGGGCAGACCGAGCUGCUCCUCCCCUUCGGCUUCGUGCAGUUGUCCACCUAUCGCCGGCAGAGCCCGGACGACAGCUUCGCCCGUCUCCGCUGGCACCAAACAGCCGAUCUGGGGCUCGUCCCCAACGCCAGGAUGCCCGGCACCUUCAUGGCCGUGGCCAUGGAUCUGUGCGACGAGCGCUCUCCCUACGGCAGCAUCCACCCCCGGGACAAGCAGAACGUGGCCCACCGGCUUCACCUGGGCGCCAGGGCCGUGGCGUACGGGGAGAAAGACCUGGUUUUCCAGGGGCCGUACCCGAUCCGGGCCGUCCUGGAGGUGAGCAAGGCUCUUCGGCCGCGCGGGGGGCUGCCGGCACCGGCGGUGGCGGUGGGGUCCCGGACGGUGACGCUGGCCCUGGCCGGCUGCGGGACGCUGGUGCUGGGCUUGCGCUACGCCUGGGCCGAGUGGCCCUGCGACUACGAGUCCUGUGCCCUCUACAACGCCCAGGGGCUCCCCGCACCCCCUUUCCUCAUGGAUGUCCUGCCCGUAGGGGAAACGGCCGGAGGGAGGGAGCUGCUCCUCCUCCCCGGCUCCCGAGGGAUUUAG